CUUCCCUUGAUCCCCAUUCAGCUGAAAGCCAGGCCUCGUCUCGCUACGCACCGCGUAAUGUUUACCUUUAAUAGAUGAGCGACUCUAAGCUGGCGAUCACCAGGAUGAAAGGUGUCUGUGCGGAAGAAGUCGGUCAGCUUAUGGAGAGUAUGUCGGUCAAUCCAGAGCCUCGUCCUCCAUGCCUGCUUCCUCAGGCUACACUCGAGUGGAGCAGGAUGAGCCGAUGAACCCGCUGCGUAUCUCUGUCGGAGGCCUCCCCAUGUUGGCUUCCAUGGCCAACACCACCGACCCGCGUUUCCGCCUGAAGUGGCGGCCCAUCGUGGUGGUGGCGGGCCUGCUGCUCCUGCUCCUGCUGCUCUUCAUGCACCUGACGGGCCUGCGCUCCCGCCCGUCCGGCGGCUCCAUGAGCUGGAAUUCCGGGAACGCUGGCAACCAGAAGUUCACCUCCCAGUACAACUACACCUACCCCCUCAGCCCGCCCGAGCGCACGCCGCAGGGCACCCGCUACCGCAUUGGCGUCAUCGCCGACCUGGACACGAACUCCCGCAGUGAGAAGGAGCUGACGUGGUUCAGCUACAUGCGGCGGGGUUAUCUGCUGGUGUCCCAGAGUGGCGACAAGGUGGCGGUGGAGUGGGACUCGGACCGGGUCCUGCUGGAGAGCCACAUGGCGGAGAAGGGCAGGGGCAUGGAGCUGUCUGAACUGGCGGUUUUCAACGGGAAGCUCUACAGCGUCGACGACCGAACGGGAAUAGUCUACCGCAUAGACGGAAACAAGGCGGUGCCCUGGGUUAUCUUAACUGACGGCGACGGCAGUGUCGCGAAAGGGUUCAAAGCCGAAUGGAUGGCAGUGAAGGACGAGCAUCUGUACAUUGGUGGUCUGGGAAAGGAGUGGACGACCAUCGAAGGGGAGUUUGUCAACAACAACCCGGAGUGGGUGAAAGUGGUGGGCUUUCGAGGGGACGUUCAGCACGAGAACUGGGUUCCUCACUACAAGUCCAUGAAAAAUGCUGCAAAGAUCAUCCCACCAGGCUACUUCAUCCACGAGUCUGCAGCGUGGAGCGACAACCUGCAGCGCUGGUUUUUCCUCCCGCGCCGCGCCAGCAACGAGCGCUACGAGGAGACGGCGGACGAGCGCCGCGGCACCAACCUCGUCCUGAGCUGCUCGCCAAACUUCGAGGACGUCGUCGUGAGUCGAGUGGGUCCGCUGAAUCCCACCCACGGCUUCUCCUCCUUCAAGUUCGUCCCCAACACCGACGACCAGAUCAUCCUGGCGCUCAAGUCAGAGGAAGACGCGGGAAAGAUUGCGACCUACAUCACGGCGUUCACACUCGACGGGCGCAUCCUUUUACCCGAAGCCAAGAUCGGGGACGUGAAAUACGAAGGACUGGAGUUCAUAUGAUGGACUCGCAAAGAGAGACUCGGAACCACGACGGCGUGGCUCAUGGUUGUUUACAGUCCUGUCACUGUUGAACUUACAGCACUCGCUGCUUCCUCACUGAGUCUGUAAAACCCAUGACUCCAUCUUUCAUCUUGAACAGAAGGACUACACAGUGAGACUAAUCCAGUCUGGUUUGGGUGGGGGUCCUCCUCCUUCCAGGCCAAAUCCAGCUUUUCAAUGGUACUGUAGCCUUUUCUGAUAAUGAAUGUACAAAAAAACAGAUUUCCAAACUGUGAUUUUCUUUUUCCAUUCUGAUGCACAUGCUAUACACUCUGAGGUUCUACUGGUCAGGCUCCUUGCUCCAUGCUCGACAGCACCAUUUCUCUUAACUAAAUACAUUAAACCCUCAUUUUUUUUUAUUUUCCACCCAGCGGAACAUUAUUUGAAGGAUAUUUUGAUAAUAUAUGUAUUGUACUAUGUGUAUUAUGGGGGAAAAGUGGGGGUACUUACUGAGUAAAAUCUUGAUUCCUAAUUUCCUAAUUUUUUGUGCCUCCUCAGAAAGAUGAGAAAUAAGCCUCUCACAAAAUGAAAAAGGACCCAUUUACACACAACAAGCCUUCAAAAUAGAUUGUAUUUCAUGACUAUAUGUAAACAUGGCUUCUCCCAAUAGUUUGACCCAAUAUUUUUACAGAACUAUUUCUCCUGAGGAAUGCAUUUUUACUUAUUUUUGAACAGUUAAAGCACAGUGAACUACAGAUUAUCUUUAUUUUGCCUUUGCACAUUAGGGCCUUGGUUAUUAUCUUGUCAAAACGUUAAACAGUUCCACAAGGUGCUAAAUGUGACGCCAAACAUUUUGCAUGGAGAAAAAACUAUGGUGCUGUUUACUUAUCCUUUUCCUCCACUAGAGGGCAGUGAAAUAUGUAAUCAAUGAGCAGUUAACAUAGUCUGAAAUUUAGUUUCAUGUAGAAGAUUGACGAGAUGGUUUUCUUCAGUGAAUAUCACUCCUCAGCUUUUAGUUUAAUUCACUCUAUUGAUAGUAACCUUGCACCCUAAUGCGAGAUUUUGACGAAGGGAAAAGACAAGAACACUGUCAACACGUCCAUCAGAGGACGAGCACAGAGAGAAAGUCACACUCACCCAGAUCGCGGCUGAGAAUUCCCAGUUCACCUCAAAUGCAUGUUUCUCUACCGUUGGCAGGGAACCAGUGUGCCUGGAGAAAACAUGCAAACUAAAAAACAGAAAGAUUCCCAAACCCAACCUGAACAGGAAUCAGGGAAAUUCUUGCUCUCAGGCAACAGAGACAGCCACACUGUGCAGUUCAGUUCAGAUCAGUUUAGCUCAAUUUUAUUUGACAAAUGAAAUUUUAAUCAGAGCUGUUAGGGGUAUUUAUCAUGGAACCUGAAGUAUGUUUAACUGAAAAGCUGAAUUUAUACAGUUUUAUUUUAGGGUGAUCAACUCUGGGACCAGCUCAUGAAAAGCCAGACUAUUCUCCUAAAAGAAGUCAGUUGUGCAACAUCCUGAUUUUCAACCUUUUCCGAAAAUGAAACUUUCAGAAGCAAUGGGAGUUGAGAAAUGCGGCAACACACUCACUUCUCCUUGUAAAACCUUGCUAAACUUUCAUUUCACUCAUAAAGAAAAUAUUUACAACCAGGAUUUCCUUUUGACAUGACAAUGACUGUAUUGCAUUGUACACUGUGGUCAGUAUGUGAAUUUUUUGAGUCUGUACUUUUACAGCUUUUACAGUCUCUUACUGCUUGUACUCAUCUCAAAAAAUACUUGGCUUCACAUUUUUAUUAGACUUUCUAUUAAACUGAACUCAAUGAUG